AUGACCCUCAACCUCGCCGAGCUGGAUGCGCACGAGCAGCCCUCGGACGAUAUGGGUGCCGAGUGGAAACGUAUCUUCCGCCUCGAGCCCGACAUCGGGCCCGUCAUCGACGACCCGCACCUCCCACCGCAGAGAGCGGCUUUUGAGAACGUCUCGGACUUCGAGCUUCCCAAGGAGAGCGGGUGUGCUUCAGGCGACGACAGCGAUUCUAAAUACGAGCACGAGGUAGCCUUCGACGCUCACGUCAAUCAGCUUGUUCAAGAUGCUGUCGACAGCGAUGACGAGACCGGCCGACAUUCCCCUGCCGCACGAAAGGUGCAGCAAGGCUACCGCGCCAGCCAGGGCAUCGACCCUGAUUCAACAGAGGAGGAUAAUCCGCGGGACGGCAUUGCGGAGGACGGCGAGGUAGACGAUGGCGAGGCAGAGGACGAUAAGGCGGAGGGCGGCGAGAUACACUUAGGUUCUACAAACGGACCGCGGCCUCGUCAGCCUCAGCCUCGGCUGCGACGCCUCUUCAUGAUCGCCCCGAGCCACACGUCAGCAAUCCCCGCUACCGACAACGACGACGACGACAAGUCCCAUCUCCUUCUCCGUCUGCGCUCCAGCGACGCCAUCUACAUGACCAACGAAGCCCGCUAUGCCUGGCACGGCGUCCUCAAGGUCCUCAAGGGCACUUGUUCGGCCCACCUGCAGGCAUGGCCUGCGCGAGCAGCUUUGCCGAGUGGCAAGGCUGGAUGCAGAACAAGCGGGUAA